AUGGAUCGUUUUCUCUCUUCUGCAGUGACUGUAGGGAAAGUUAUUCUCGUUGCGGUUGUGGGGAUGUGGGCCUCGCGGUAUUUUGUCAGCAAAUCAAAGUCCCUCGCUGCCCUUAGUCACAUCGCUGUGAAGAUAUUUCUCCCCUGUCUACUUCUCACCCAACUCGCACAUGAUAUUUCAUGGGAAAUGAUUCGUAAAUAUUACUGGGCCUGUAUUUUACCUCUUAUUCCUAUGGUGAUUGGUUUAUCCUCCGCCUUUGCCUUUCGUUCCUUUAUUCCAAAAGAACUGCACGGUUUAUUACAACUUGCCUGUACUUUUCAAAAUGUGAUAUCGUAUGGUUUAGGCAUUGCGGUGAAUCUUAAUAUCUCUUGGUAUGAUAAGGAAGCGGCAACAGAGGCACAAUCAUAUGUGUUUCUCUACAAUGUUGUGCAUUCUCUUUUUCUCUGGUCUGUUGGUACAAUGAUUGUGGAGAAGUGUGCAGAGGCUUUGGAGGAAAAAGAUGUGGUUUUAGAAACUUCUACAACUACAAAUACACAUACAAAUACUACUAAUACGAAUACGAAUAGUAAUACUACUAAUACUACUACUACUACUACUACUAUUACUACAGAUACUACUACAGAUACUAGAGAUACUACUAGCAUGAAUGUAGAUAAGAAGGAGGAGAAAAAUGGAGAAAUAUCCUCCACACAGAGUUAUAUGAAUAGUAUAAAUUCUUUAAAUUAUAAUCCAGUAACGAGAUUAGAAGAUUAUAGACCAGUUAUUGCUUCUACAACGAAUACGGGUAAAAGACGAGUGAAACGAUCAGAAGAAUUAACAUGGUCAGAAUAUAUUUGUUUACAACUCUCUUAUCUUAUGACGGAACAACUUAUUGCUAGUCUUAUUGGUUUACUUAUAGCUCUUGUUCCUCCAUUUGGAAUGUUAGUGGAUAAUCGUUUAGGUGAAAUGAUAUUAGGAGGUUUUUCACUCUUAGCACCAGGAACAGUACCACUACAGUUAUUAGUACUUGGUGUGAAUAUUACAGCAGAUGGUGAUGGUUCUGUUAAACUUCCCACACGUUUUUUAGUGGCUGUUAUUAUUUUACGUUUAUUCUUUAUUCCACUUGUUUGUUUUGGUAUUGUUCAUAUUCUCGUUGUAAAUGCUCUCAUUGAGUAUAAUAGACCUUUUAUAUUAAUAAUGUUAAUACUCACAUGUGCACCAACGGCUAUCAAUACUUCUAUUAUAUGUUCUAUGUAUUCAUAUAAAGUAAAGGAAUAUACGAAAUUACUUCUUUAUAUGUAUAUCACCUGCAUAUUUACAACAACAGUGUGGCUUACAAUAUAUAUAUGGUAUCUAGAAACAUAA